AUGGCACGACACGGCCGACGGAGACACACCGUUGCGUGCGUCGUCUUUCUUCUGUCGCUGGCAGCAGUCGCUGCUAUUUGCCGACUGGAUGUUGGGCUGGCAUUUGAGUCGUUGGACGUCUCUUACCGUGGACCCACGGCGGGCCCCCGCAACGUUGAUUCUGUUCUCGAUGAUGAAUCUCUCAGGUACAUUCCACCCACUGUUGUCCGUGCGUGGGAGGCGAGCGACUUCCUCAUUGCGCUCGGCAUCCCAUCUGUGGACAUGAAUGCGCGGCGGAGGCGCCGCGACCUCCAGCGUUCAACGCUCUGGACGUUCCCUGGAGUGGCGACGAGAGCAAACAACUUCAGCGGUGCGAUGCUGGUGCUGUACGUCUUUGGGCGGCACCCGUCGCACAACUUCACGUACUCUUUGGCGCUGCAGCAGGAGGCGGCGGAGUGGCACGAUGUGAUUGCGCUGCCGAUGAAUGAGGGGCGCCCAUCGACCAACAAGACGAUUGGUGGUGGAAAGUGGGGCAAUGAGGCUGAGAUCGGGCUGAGCCGCAAGGUGUUCCGGUGGUUCGACAUGGC